CGGUGAGAGUGUUAUUAUGUCGUCGUCAGCGUCAGCCCAGUCAAAAAUCGAUAUUUUAGAGGAUUUUAGUUGUUUGUCAAUUAAUGUUUGCUUAUUUAGGAGUUUAAAGGCAUUUUAAUAUAUUAGACUAUACCAUUUAAUUAAAGAAAAAUACAAGCCAAGCAUAUCUGAAACACAGAAAGUUACUCAAAUUGGCUAUAAUAGCAGUCGUAUAUUAUUCGUUUUGAGAAAGUGUAAUCGAUUUUGGUUCACAUCGAAUGACCUCAACGACGACUCUGCGGCAAAUCAAAAGGGAGAGGGAGCGAGCUGUAAUUUCCCGCCGCGUCUGUAAUUUGAUGUGUUCCACUCCACUCUUCAUUCGGCGCCGGUCUGCAGCUACCGCGCGCGCGUUUCUCUGUCGCUCCGCUGGUGUGAAGUCCUCUCUCUGUGUGCGCACACUGCGCAGAGCUAUGUAAAUGAAACAACGGUGGGACAACAUGACUAUCCCGAAAGACAUCCCAGAGAAGUGGUUUCCAAUCAUUCUCCCUCUAAAAAGGAAGAAAGAGGGAUUAACCAACACGACAAAAAUAAGAAACGGAGCAGAGGAGGAAAGAAGAGUCCGAGCCAAUGAUAGAGAGUACAAUGAGAAGUUCCAGUAUGCUAACAACUGCAUCAUGACCUCAAAGUACAACAUCAUCACCUUCCUACCAGUCAACCUGUUUGAGCAGUUCCAGGAAGUUGCCAAUACUUACUUCCUGUUUCUUCUCAUACUGCAGUUGAUUCCACAGAUUUCCUCAUUGUCCUGGUUCACCACUAUUGUGCCUUUAGUGCUGGUGCUGAGCAUCACUGCAGUCAAAGAUGCCACCGAUGACUAUUUUCGUCACAAGAGUGACAAACAGGUGAAUAACCGUCAGUCUCAGGUCCUCAUCGGUGGCAUUCUUCAGAAUGAGAAAUGGUUGAAUGUCAGAGUGGGUGACAUCAUCAAACUGGAGAACAAUCAGUUUGUGGCUGCUGACCUGCUCCUGUUGUCCAGCAGUGAACCACAUGGCCUCUGUUACAUUGAAACUGCAGAACUGGAUGGUGAGACCAACAUGAAGGUGCGCCAGUCUCUGUCUGUUACCUCAGAGCUAGGAUAUCCAAAUAACCUGGCCCAGUUUGAUGGAGAAGUGGUGUGUGAGCCUCCAAACAACAAGCUCGAUCGUUUCUGUGGGACUCUGUAUUGGAAAGACUGUAAAUACCCCCUCAGCAACCAGAACAUGCUGCUCCGAGGCUGCGUACUGCGCAACACAGAGAGCUGCUAUGGCCUCGUUAUAUUCGCAGGUCCUGACACCAAGCUGAUGCAGAACAGUGGACGGACUAAGUUCAAGCGGACCAGUAUAGACAGAUUGAUGAAUACACUGGUGCUCUGGAUUUUUGGGUUCCUGGUGUGUAUGGGCGUGAUCUUGGCCAUAGGAAAUGCCGUUUGGGAGAAAGAAGUGGGUGCUCUGUUCCAAAGUUUCCUUCCUUGGGAUCCUCCUGUGGACAACUUCCUGUUCUCAGCCUUCCUGUCCUUCUGGUCCUAUGUCAUCAUCCUCAACACAGUCGUGCCCAUCUCUCUCUAUGUCAGUGUGGAGGUGAUUCGUCUGGGUCAUAGUUACUUCAUUAAUUGGGACCGGCGGAUGUUCUGCAGUCGUAGUAACACAGCAGCAGAGGCCCGGACCACCACACUUAAUGAAGAGCUGGGACAGGUGGAGUACAUCUUCAGUGACAAGACAGGAACCCUCACCCAGAACAUCAUGACCUUCAAAAAGUGCUCCAUCAACGGUCAUACAUAUGGUGAGGUUUUGGAUAUUCUGGGUACACAGCAAAAGAGGGUCCAGCCCCUGGACUUCAGUGCUUGGAACCCUUUAGCAGACCAAGGCUUCUGUUUCUACGACCAGUCUCUGCUAGAGGCAGUGAUGGUGGGAGAACCAGCAGUGCAUGAAUUCUUCCGGGUCUUGUCUCUCUGCCACACUGUCAUGAGCGAAGAGAAGAGCGUAGGAGAGUUGGUGUAUAAGGCUCAAUCUCCAGAUGAAGGGGCGUUAGUAACAGCUGCACGUAACUUUGGCUUUGUCUUCCGCUCUCGCACACCCAGCACAGUCACCACACAAGAGCUCGGCAAAGCGGUCACAUACACGCUCCUCGCCAUCCUGGACUUCAAUAACAUCCGCAAAAGAAUGUCUGUUAUAGUGAGAAAUCCAGAAGGCCGUAUUCGUCUGUACUGUAAGGGGGCGGACACUGUGCUUUUCGAGAGACUUCAUUCUUGCAACCAUGAAAUAAUGAAUAUCACUUCAGAUCAUCUCAACGAGUAUGCAGGUGACGGGUUACGGACGCUCGCAGUGGCCUAUCGGGAUCUGUCUGAGGAGCAGUGGGAGGAGUGGUCAGAGCGUUUCCGUGGAGCUGAUAAGGCCACGGACUGCAGGGACGACCGGCUGGCUGCUGCCUAUGAGGAGAUCGAACAGGACAUGAUGUUGUUGGGAGCCACAGCUGUAGAAGAUAAACUGCAAGAGGGUGUUCCUGAAACCAUUGCCAUUCUCUCCCUGGCAAACAUCAAGGUCUGGGUGCUCACUGGAGACAAACAGGAAACUGCUGUGAAUAUUGGUUAUUCCUGUAAGAUGCUGACGGAUGACAUGACGGAGAUCUUUAUUGUGAAUGGACACACUGUCCAAAGUGUACGCGAAGAACUGAGGAAAGCAAGAACACGAAUGCUGGAGUCAGCACACACCAGAGAUGGAGGGAAGGAAGUUGAAGCUCAGGGAUUGGGUAGUGCAUGUGCCUUUGGAAAUGGAUGUGGAGGUGGUGCUGCUCCUCAGGCUCCGCCCUCCUCAUUAUUGGAGUCAAUCAGUGGAGAGUUUGCCCUCGUCAUCAGUGGACACAGUUUGGCUCAUGCACUGGAAGCAGAUAUGGAGCGUGAGUUUUUGGAGACAGCGUGUGCUUGUCGAGCAGUGAUCUGCUGCAGAGUGACCCCUCUUCAGAAAGCUCUGGUGGUGGAGCUGGUUAAACGGCAUAAGAAGGCUGUCACGCUCGCUAUCGGAGAUGGAGCCAAUGACGUCAGCAUGAUAAAGACGGCUCACAUUGGCGUGGGCAUCAGCGGUCAGGAGGGGAUCCAGGCCGUCCUUGCAUCCGAUUACUCAUUUUCCCAGUUCCGUUUCCUGCAGCGACUUUUGCUGGUACACGGACGCUGGUCCUAUCUGCGCAUGUGCCGUUUUCUCUGUUACUUCUUCUACAAGAACUUUGCCUUCACUAUGGUGCACUUCUGGUUCGGGUUCUUCUGUGGGUUCUCAGCACAGACUGUCUAUGACCAAUACUUCAUCACUCUCUACAAUAUCGUAUACACAUCCCUGCCGGUGUUAGCCAUGGGCAUCUUUGAUCAGGAUGUUCCUGAACAGAGGAGUUUAGAGUAUCCAAAGCUGUAUGAGCCGGGCCAGCUGAACUUGCUGUUCAACAAGCGAGAGUUCUUUAUCUGUAUCGCACAAGGAAUCUACACUUCCGUGGUUCUGUUCUUCAUUCCGUACGGCGUUCUCUCUUACGCCACACAGAGCAAUGGAGUCCCACUGGCAGACUACCAAACUUUUGCAGUAACUACUGCAACGGCCCUUGUCAUCGUUGUCAGCGUCCAAAUUGCUCUGGACACGGGUUAUUGGACUGCUAUAAAUCACUUCUUUAUAUGGGGCUCUUUGGGUACCUACUUCACUAUCCUCUUCGCUAUGCACUCCAGCGUCCUGUUCAGCAUCUUUCCCAAGCAGUUCCAUUUCCUUGGAAGUGCCCACAACACACUCGGACAGCCAGUGGUUUGGUUGACUAUUGCUCUGGCUACCAUCAUCUGCAUUGCUCCAGUGCUUGCGUUCCGCUUUCUCAAACUGGAUCUUAAACCUCAGCUCUCAGAUACCGUGCGCUACACUCAACUUGUGCUGCAGAAAAAGCGGAAGCCUGGUGGGCGUGCGGGUCGUGGAGUGGGCGGUUCAGGAGUAGCCAGUGGCAGUGCUCUUGGUCGCUUGGGAAGAGGUGGAUCCCGACGCUCCGGUUAUGCGUUUGCGCAUCAGGAGGGCUUUGGAGAGCUGAUCACUUCGGGAAAAAAUAUGCGGCUGAGUUCGCUGGCUCUCGCUUCUUUCGCUUCCCGCCACAGCAGCAGUUGGAUCGAUACCCUUCGUAGGAAAAAGCAUGCAAACAGCCCUGGUGUGCAGAACACCCCACCCACCGGAGAUGACAGCGCCGCCUCCUCUCAAGCCUCACCCUUGACCACAGUAAAUGGACGUCAGGACACAGUGGCAGGCGAGGCAGGGCUGCAAUUCAGUGAACACGUCCUCACUCACAGCCCUGAUGAUAUCGCUCUCGGUGUGCUCAGGUGUGCAGACAGAGAGAUGGGAGGAUCUAGUACUGGAACAGUGCAGGAAGCACCGUUUGUGUGGAGGGGUUCUGGAGCUCGUAUCAGUGGUGCAAGCAGCCCUGGACCUCCUCCCAUUGCUGAAGAAACUUCCAGUGGCGAGUGAUAGAUAGAUAAGACCAACUGGAAACCCUCAUGUGAAUGCUCAUGUUUCUGUCUGAGGACAUGACCAGAGAAGACAGCGCCCCAGACAGUUUAGGAGUAAACAUGCUUAAAACACACAUGGAAAUGGAUGCAGAUUUAGUAGACAAACUGUGUAUACAGACAGCACAAAGAGUUUCAUCCCUCACAUUUCCUGUUUUGUUUCCAUUCUCAGAUUUCCUGUCAGUGAGAAGGACAAAUUUGGUGUUAUUUGAGCUGUUUACGACUGAGUUUUUCAUUCUAGCCAAGUUAUCAGACAACAAACCGCUAAAUAGUAUUGUCAAGGCUGAUAUUACAUCACACCUGACUACCAGCUAUAGCUGGUUUACUAAAUACAUAUUACGUUGCACUCAAAUGCACUUUUAGAUUCAUUCUUUUUCAUUUGGAGACAUGAAAAAAGCUCCCAUUUUUAUGCAUUAACAUUUCUCUCAAUAUCUUAGCUUAAAUAUAUCAAUACAUAUCACAAUAUAUAAAUACAUUACACACAGGGCUUGACAUUAACUCCCGCCAAUCCGACAAAUGGUGGAUUUCAGUGUCGUCUAACAGUCACUUCCACUAUCCACUUUGGUGGGUUGAAUUUUCUAGGCCUAUAUAAAUAUACAUUUUUCAAUUGUAGACUUUUAAAAGGCAUCUGAAAUAAACUUAGUGCAUUGUAGUGUUUUUAAAAAUUAUAAAUGUUUCGAUACAUAUCGAUACUAAAAUAUCUGAAACGCUUCCAAUACAAAUUUUCUGCAGAUUUUUCUCAAAACCAGCUGCGCUUUCUCGCUCUCUCUUAAUCUCUCUGACUGCGAGUUGGCACAAAUCUGCUUCUCCUCACCUCAUAUCAUUUGCUCCAGAUGAAUAUUGUUGCUGUUACAGGGCUUAAAUUUCAUUGUGGGAUAGUGCAUCAUUUUACUAAUUCUCGCAGAUUUUCUUCUCGCACCCAAAGUCUGCGCACAUAAAGCUGCCUCUCAGUAACUGCUUAUUGUGCUUAAAAAUUCAAAUACACACAAACUAAUGUCGAAAUGCCUGUCUUGGAGAGUAUCCACGUGAACACAGUUAGUUAUGUUUUAAGUAAACGUAAACAAUUGAGAAAGAAAUUGCACGUGUAUCAGUAUUAGUGCGUUGGGUCUUAAAGUUUAAAGUCUUAAAGCAGCCUAAUAUACCUCCCACUAAAUUAUGAGAGAAUAUUAAAGAUAUCUAUAUAGCAGUUUUUCCCCCAUGGUAACAAUGUCAAAAUUGUGGCCAGUGAAAAUGCUGAGUGGCAGGUAACUUUGGGAAAGCACUAGCCACAGUGGCUGGUAAGCAAAAAAAGUUUUUGUCAAGCCCUGAUUACACAUUACACUUUCAAGUAAUGAUUAUAUAAGUAUUACUGAUAACUAAAGGUUUUAGGUUUUUGUAUUCAAAUUGAGUAGUUCUGUUUCUUUUUCAUUUGAAAUCUCAGUCAGUUCAAGUAUUGUCUUCAUCUCUAUAUAUUGAGGGUGGUUUAUCUUUUCCGUUUUUUUAAUCUCACAGUGACUUUCUUUCUUGUGGUCUCAUACUGUUUGGACAAUUUUGUCAGCAUAUUGUUUUGCUGAGUCAAAAGAUUUUUGUCAGUAAAUCCAUUUCAGAUUGGGCAAGGGAAUGUCUCACGUGCUGAUAGAAAAGGGUGCAAAUUGUCUGUUUUUCCCCACUGCUGAAAAUAGCACUAAGAUUUGUGCGGUUCUGUGUGAUAAAACGCUACAGUUCUCAGUGAGAACGUGACUCUGCCGGAUGGACCCGUUCUUUUUCAUCCAUGUCUUUGCACCAUAUUGGUGCUCCAACCCUGACUACUUGACUAGAAGUCCAAUUCAAACCCAAACUCUGCUCUGCUGGACCCUUGAUGGUCUAGUCAUUUACGCAAUGGUGGUUCAUUGAUCCAGUGGACUGUGAUAACAAAUGUGUCUGGACUUUUUUUUUAAGUUGUAUUAAAAUAAUUCACUGAAGAGUUACCAAAUGGAAUCCACCUUGACCAUUCUGGUCUAAAUGUGGCCUUUACCAGUAUUUGAAUUUAGGUAAUAAGAAUGUAAACGCAAUGGUGUGUGUGUUUUAUUAUGAGAUAGACCAAGAAAGCUGAUGAAGAUGUUUGAAAAGUUAAUAAGCUCCAUACUUCGUCCUGUUCCCUGUAGAAGUUAGGUCUAGCUCUCAUACUGUUAAAUGGGUAACAAUUAUAUGCCUUAAAAGCUAAAUGUGUGAGUGUUCUUUUUUAUGUAAAUCUCUUUCUAUAUCCACACAGAAAAGUAUUUACAUAUAAUUGCAAUUAUAGGUUACUGGCCAAUUCAGAAUAUAGUAGUCUCUUUCAGUGUAAGCCAAAUUAAUGGAAAGGUCCAUAUGACCUGUGAAGUUAACAGUUGAUAACCCUACGGUUGUGAGUGAGCCUAGUGAAAAAUGGAAAAUAGAUUAUUAUUAAAUUAUUUUAAUCAAGUAAAAAAGAAAAACUUUUGUCUAACCAUGUUUAAUUGAUAAAUAAUUUCUAAUGGAAUAGUUUGCACACAAAAAAAAAAAAAAUUGUCUUAAUUUGCUCACCAAAGUUCCAAACUAUGACUUUCACUUUCAAUUGAGUGUCUUGAAAUGUACUGUGAACUUAUCCAUGCAAUGAAUGUGACCUGAAGAUGUAAAACUUCAAAAGGGACACAACACCAUUAAAGUAGCCUACACGAU